AUGUUUUCAUUUUGGUAUUUGCGAUAAGAAAUUAGAAAUUUAUUUUUAAUUAAGAUUUUCAGAAUAACAAAAUAAAAAAAAAUAAUUUAAAUAUGUGUCAAUUAAUUUUUCUUUGCAUUAUUUGUAAACCAGCUCAUAAUAAACCAACAAUAGACAGCUAACAUGGCUUGAUAUUGUACCAGUAACCGAAACUUUUAAUAGCCAAUAUAUGCAUAUACAUAUAAUAUGUAUGUACAUACUUGAGUGAUGCCGUUUUACAAAACAUUUUUGACAUUUUUAAAACAAAUGCAUUUAACUGAACACUACAUCAAAAUUACUAAAUAACAUUAAAAUCAUUGAAUAAGCUGCUUGAAAGUAAGUUGUGAUAAUACCUUGCUUCCGAGACGUGAUAGAAACGAAACAAAUAUGUGCUUAGAAUCCAUUAAAAGAAUGUGACCUUUAUUUUAAUGUGUAAGAUUUCUAAUUAAUCAAUUAAUACACAAACACAUAGUGAAAAAAUAAUUAUAAAUUGGCAAAUUGAUUUUUUUUUUAAAUUGUUAUUAGUCAAACAUAGUUAUCUAAGAAAUUAUACUGGCGCUUAAAAUAUAGCACUAUACAAAUAUUAUUGAAUUCGUUUUAAUAUAUUUGUGCACAAAAUUAUGUUAUAAUUUUUAAAUACUAGCAUUCAUGUACUUUUUUAAAUUUAACUGGCGUAGUUUACUCAUAUGUGUAUUUUCUCACAAAAAACUCAAUUAAGUUGCAAUAUCGUUUAUGGCCUCGUGGCCACUGCGAUAUGAUACUAGUUUUAUUAGGACCUACAAAACUGCUUGUUUGAAUCGGAUUUUAGAAUCUUUUAACACAAUAUACCAUUUUUCUCUACCAAGAAAGUGUAAUAUUGGAUGAAAACUUAUGAAUAUAGUUUGAUGAAAUUAUGACAAAAGCAAAAAAUUAAUAUCCUACAAAAUUAUAUUUAUACAAUAUUACUAUAAAAUAAACGGAAAAUAGUUAUGCACAUAUGUAUACGUAAAUUAAUUGACAGUAAAUUUUUAUAAUUUUUUGUCUUUCAUUUUAUGAAAUGGUGUUAAUAAAAUACUAUUCGCAUAUGCAUGCUUGUAUCCACAAUGAAGGGGGCGUAGUUUAAAUAUUCUCUGCAGCCAUUGCCAUUUGCCGGAGCGAGAUAGCGCAGUGAAUGCGAAUAACGGAAACAGUAGCCAUCAAUAAAUCUGAGUGGUGGUGAGUUUCACACAAACAAUAUAGGGGUUGUAGAAAUGGCUGAGGUGGAUUUGCAAGUGCCGCCUUAACAACAACAAGCAGUAUUUUACUUGAAUAUAAUUAGCAAGGGUAGUGAGGCGUUGAGCAUAGUGGUCGAGAGAGAGAGAGAGAGAGAGAGAAAGAGCGCAUUGCUGAUUAAAUAAGUUUGUGUGAGUAUAUGACUAAGCAGUGAUAUUAGCUUUACUCUAGUGAUUUACUGAAGCUGAGUGUAAAUAGCGGUGCAGUUAUGACUGUAUACAGUAAAUGUUUUCACAUAAUGAUCUGUGUUUUCUGGACGCUGUUUUUUUAUUCACAUACUAAAGCGGACUCCUAAGCAUGUUGGAGAGACUUUUCAUUUUGAGUUGCCGCUUUAUGUGUAUACAGUCGCCUUAUUGUGCGAUGGUGUGGUGUAUUCUGAGGGAGGCUGUAUGCGCUGUGUACAUUUUGUAUUUUUGUUUUUGAGAUUUUUAACGCUCUUUGCUUUCGUUUUUAUAUUCAUAUUUUAUUUAUUUAUUUGGUGAAAAAACAUUCAUUAAAGAUUUUUCGUUUGAAUGUGCGACAGAUUUUCAUUAGCAACAGUUUAAAUAAAAAACUCGUACAUAUCAGCCGAGGUGGCGCGUGAAUUGACGGGAAGUGAUUAGCGAAGUGUUCUAAUAGAAAAUCAAAUGAACGGUUUCAGAGCACAUACAGACAAAUGCAUAUACAUAAUUGAUAAAAUGUUUGUUAAUUAAAGGACGGUUUUACGCCUUAAUUAGAAAAAUAGUUUUGGUUACGAAAAAAUUUACGACAAUUGCCUUAAACAAACACGUGUUCAAAUGACAAUUUGCAGUGAAAAAUAAUGAAAUUCUCUUCGCGUAACAACAGCAAAAGCUCGACAGUAAUAACUGCAGUCCAUAACGCUAGCGGUAGUAGCGGCAUGCGUCCCUCAACAUACGCAAACGUUCACAAGGAGACAAAUAAGGACACUGGCAAGGAACGACGUAUGCCUAGUCUGUUAGCGAACGCAGUGAAAAUGAAGAUUACAAAGUGUAAUGCCGCCAAAUUGUCGAACUCCACUAAUGGAAAUAAAAGCUUAGCCACGGCCACCAUGUCGAGUACAAUGGUAAAUACUUUUAAUAACAAAAUGUGUCGAUCAUUGAAUGAGAAUAACAGAAUGGCCCAGCUAACGAGUUUUGAAAUUUCACAACAAUCGAAAGGAUUAGAAACAUUAAAUAGACUUUUUCCAACAACACAAAGCACUAGUGGUGAUUGUGGUGAUUCGAACACAAGAAAAAUGGAGUGCCAACAGAUAAAACAACAAUCACAAUAUUUCGGGCAGCAGGAUCAGCUAUUGGUGGCAGAUAUGCCAGAUUAUGUGGCAAAAGCAACAGAAACAACAGAUGAACGGCGUGAUCAGUUCAAUGUUAUGCCCGACAACGACACAAGAGCGACAGGGAACGGAGGUAGUAUAUUAAAGGAAUGGCAAAGUCAUUCAACACAACCAAUGAUGAACCAGCAUGCAAGGAUCGAAACUACAACAAUGAAAUUUGCUGCGCCCAAAGAUAGCGCAGCCGAACAUUCAAUGCAGUCGCCACAGCAGCAACCACAAGAGGCAAAACAGAACACAGAAGAGAAUUGUACGCAGGCGAGAAACACGAACGCACAUGAAACAACACCAACAAAUGCAAUGCCCUCGCCUUGUACAUUUGUAAACUCAUACACACAUAAACGAACGGCAACGCCACCGCCACCGCCACCACAAGCGCACACAAAACCAACACAUUUACAAGACGAACAACAACAGAAACCUCCUGCGUCAUUGUCAUCGUCUUCUUCGACCGCUAUGCCUUCGCCUUCGUCUUCGCAUUUGGCUUCGUUGCUUGCACUGCCUGCUGCUACACUGGCGUCGUCAUCGUCGUCUUCUACGGCAGCAACGACUGUGUCUGCGUCGCCAAUAAGGUCCGUAACACCAAAACUCAUAUCAGUUGUCAACGAAACAUCAAAGCAAACGGUGUUACGUACGAUCGGUGAAGCCCGAACAACAUCAACAACAGUAAAAACGCCAGUGAACGCUAUAGAGCAAACGGCAAAAGCUAUAGAAGCAAAAACUCCCACAACACUUGCAACGAAUGCUUAUUUUGAAGUGAAAUUAGAGAAGAGCCAAGUCAACGAAACGGCGAAUCAGCAGCAGCAGCAACCAAGUAGUGACGUUGUUGUUAGAGAUAGUGCCGUCAACACGGAUCACCAGCAAAUACAACAACAGUUAGCGUCGCGUGAUAAAAAUGCCAAAAACGUUGAUAAGUUUCGAAAUGCGAUAACAACGUCUACGACGUUAACAAAGCAAACACUAAUACCGACCGCUGCCGUGCCGCCGGUUGUAACCACAAAUGCCGCACAAAUAUCGGUUAUUAACAGUAAUAACCACAAUAAUAGUAAAAUAAGUGUUAGUGUUAACCAUACAAAUUCUGGUGAAAUCAAAAAUGCCAAAAUUAGUGAUAAACAACAAGAACAAAUACCUGUAGAAUCGCAAAAAGACGAAUUCUUGCCGCUAAACUAUCGCGGCGCAAACGAUUCGGUUAUUAUAGCUAAUUUUAAUAGCAACAGCAACAACAACAACAGCAAUAACGCCAUUAACACGUCGCACUACGCACAAGCGGAGCAACAAGCAACAGCACCAACAACAACAACAGUGCAACUAAUAUCAGGUGAGCAACAAUUGUCUGAGCCGCAGUAUUUACGCUACACUCAGCAAUUGUCGCAGGAUAGUAUCGGUGAGGUGCAACAACAUCACCAACAACAACAGCACUUGUUGCAGCUCACAUCAAAUAUACUCAACGGUGCUGAUCCCAAUUUAAAUUUGGCUGUCGCCACUGAAUUGCAACAACAGCAGCAACAACAACAUCACCAACAUUUUUUCACCUCUUACAAUAGUUGUGCGUACGAUCUGUCGCGACAUCAUCAGCAUCACUUAUUGCAACUUGAUCAACAGCAGCAGCAGCAGCAGCAACAAGCACAUCAACAGCAACAGAUCUCAAAAGAGCUGCUAGAUAAACCCGACUUAAUUGCUUUACAUCCCUCACAUUUACUAUUUGCUCAACAUCUAUCAACGGCGUCGCCAUACGUACACUCACCAGCGUCACAUUUGCAUACGCACGCGCACGCGCACGCUCACGCUCACGCACAUCACCCACAAUUCAUUGACGACAAUAUGCGUAACAAUUUCAGUCUAUACACCUAUGGUGGCAAUCCACAUGAUCAUCUGCAGCAUCACUCAAAUACUGGCGCCGCACCCAGCAGCAUUGAUGAGGUCAUACAAGACACGCUAAAAGAUGAGUGUCUCGAGGAUCAUCACACGGGUGUCAGCUACUGUACGUUGACCACCGUGCCCGAUCUUAAGGAUGCAUAUCAUCAUUCGCAUAUGCUGAGUUCAACGGAGCAACAGGUGCUGACAUCCACUCAGCUACAUCAGCUGCAUGUGAACACACAUCAACAUCACAACAAUUCAGUGAGUUCGGGUGGAGGUUCACCAUCGCCCACAUCACUUUCACAUAGCGGCACAGCGGGUGACGUCGCCAGCUUUACACAACUUACCAACGCCACCACCUACCGAGACGUGUAUGGUGGUUUUGCGACCGACCCGACUGUUAUAUCACUCUUUCCGUCCUCGCUGAGCCCAGUUCUAACAAGUAGUUAUCCCGGUUCGCUGUUGACAUCGGCCACCAAUGGCAUACAACAGUAUGGCAUGCAACCGAGUAGCGCAAUCACCGCCGUCUCAACCGCCUCACCCUCCCAACAGCCAACACAUUCGGCCGCUUCCACGCCUGGCGCACAUGCAACAAACUCAGUCAUAGCAGCGGGCAACGGUUCCGGUUCAAAUUCCAUCACCAACGAUGACUACGGCUCGCCGAAAAGCAAUACCAGUAGUAAUGGUGCUGGUGGUGCUGGCAGUGGGACAACCAACAACCAGACUAUUGCUGGUAGCGGUGGACGUUUGCCUGCAUUUCAACGCAUCUCCAGUUAUGUUGGUGGUGCGGGCGGUGCAGCUGGUGUUGGUGGUGUGGCGAAUGUCAGCGUCGGAGGUGGCGGCGCCGAUCGUUACACAUCGUUGACAAAUUAUCGCACAAACGACACAUGGGCAGGCCAUUACGAGGCAAUUGGUUACGCGCCCACUUCGGUCGUAACGAGCGCAGCCGGCCUAGUUGGAAAUACGAAUGUCAUACGCAGCUGCAAUGGACGUGCGGGCCAGGGCGUUGGGGUGGUUGGUGUUGGUGUGGAGGGCUCCGCAUCAGCCAAUUUGGCGGCCGCUGCGGCACAUUUGACUGCAUCCGCAUCGUUGACAGCAACAUUUUACGAUGCCGAUUUUAUCACCGACGGGCGAGAAUGUGUCAAUUGUGGUGCGGUUUCAACUCCAUUGUGGCGCCGUGAUAAUACCGGACAUUAUUUGUGCAAUGCGUGCGGUCUUUAUAAUAAAACGAACGGCAUGAAUCGCCCCUUAAUAAAACAGCCUAGACGAUUGAGUGCAUCCCGUCGUGUUGGGCUCUCCUGCUCGAAUUGCCUCACAACACAUACCUCACUCUGGCGUCGCAAUCCCAGCGGUGAGCCCGUAUGCAAUGCCUGCGGACUGUACUUCAAAUUGCACAGCGUGAAACGUCCCUUGAACAUGAAGAAGGACACUAUACAGACACGCAAGCGCAAAGCCAAGGGUGCCAAGGGCGAAAAGUCCAGCAAAAGCAGUAAGACCAAUGCGAAUGCCAAUCCAACCGCUGAUGCCAAUAACGAACUAAAACAAUUAACAAAUAACUUGCAAAAACAACAACAGCAGCAACAGCAGCAACAGCCGCAACAGGCCCAACAAAUGCAAGUGAAACAAGAGCCACAUAGCAAUAACAACAACACUGUUUUGACGCACACAGCGCGAACGUCACCAACAACAAAUGAUGGCAGCCGCUCACCGGCAGACACCAAACCAACGCUUAUGCCUUUGUUGUCAUCAUCACCGCUAACGCAAAUGGAAAAUGUUGCCACAAUGCAAGAACAACAACAGCUACGACAAUCAUACAAUCAGAAAAUGUCACCAAUGACACAUACAAACUCACCGACAAUGUUCUCAUAUACAUCACCAACACAUAAUGGACAUUUCAAUAACAAUAACACUACAUAUAACAACAACAAUAAUAAUAACAAUAGCAAUAAUAAUAACAACAAUAACAAUAACAGCAAUACAAUAAAUCUCAUGCAGAAACCACUGCAGACUCAGCAAACGCAACAAUUACAGAAUAUGCAACAGCAAUUGCAACAACAGCAUGCAGCACAUUCGCCGCGACACCAACAACAGCAGCAACAGCAACAGCAACAGCAACAUUUGAUGACACAGCAACUUAUGCAGCUGAUGCCGCCACAUUCGUCCCCCUCCACAUCGGUAUCGAUGCCACCAACGCCGACUACACCAACUACACCGACAACGCCAACGCAUCAUCAACAGCAGCCAUUGCAACACCAAUUGUCACCACUGCAGGAGCAGCAACAGCUACAGCAACAGCAGCAGCAACAACAACAACAGCUAUUUCAACAUUUGGUGCACCAGCAUCAGCUGCAACAUGACCAACAGCAGGCACAUUUGGAUAAUAUGUCGCUACACUAUCACCAACAAUAUUUGCAACAACAACAACAGCAACAACAGCAAAUUGAGCCACAAAGUCCAGCUGGUUCAGUGUCGCCGGCACAUUCGAAUUACGGUGAAUUGAUUCCGCUCCACGAAGAGGCCGUUAAAAUUCAGCAACAACACCAACACACACACAACUCACAUUUGAUUACACAAGAUGUGGCGCUCAGUCGCAGUCCAUCAUUGGAGGAUGACGAAUUGAUGCUGGAGUUGCACCAUCAUCAUCAGCAACACGCCCAUGCACAAUCGAUUGCCUUGCAUCUGCAGCACCAACAAAACCUAUUCGAAUUGCAUGAAUACGAACGAAAAUACGAACGGGAGACUGUGGUGAAGUCGGAGUGAAUGAGCUGUAAAUGGCGAGCGUUGAUUAAUUGGCGACAUAGCAGCAAAGAGAAACCAAAAAGCGGAUUUGUGUGAGUGUGUGUGCUACAUGUAUGUGUAUGUGUGUGUGUGUGUGCCUGUGUGCAAUAAGGAAUUAUAUGUACGUACGCUAAUUUUCGUUCAAAUGGAAAUUUAUGAAACCCAAUGCUCCAAAGAGCGCAGUGGACAAGCAAAUCAGUAACUAAAGCAACAAUACAAUAUUCAUUAUUUUUGUUAACACAAUGCGACUCAUGGACUCUUUAUGGGCAAAGCAAAAAAAAAAAAA